UAUUCAAACUUCCGUCCGCAUCGGUUUGAAUUUUGCCCCCCCUGCACAAUUGCAAUUUAUUUGGUCAAAAUUCGCCCCUACAUUGUAAAAUAUAAUCUUGAAGUUUAACUCUGCACUGAAUUACGUCCAAUAUUUUCAAUGGAGGAAACGACAGAGCCACAAUUCGAGAUUCCGGAGCUGAAUACGCUGCCGAAAAGAAGAAAGAGCAAGAAGAGGAACUCCACCGUCUUGGACACAGAAACGUCCCCCGAGAUCAAUAACAAUGCGAAACGGCCUCCGUUGCGGAGAGGUAGUUCGUUCACCUUCCUCACCCCGAGCUCUCAGUGGGACUUCAGUCUGAAGCGCAAGAGGCGUGAGAAGGACGAUGACACCGUCAGCCUGUCCAACUUCGAUUUCAAGGUUGGUCACUUAACCAUCCCCCAGGCAUCAACACACGCACGCAUGCACUCACACACACUCAAUGACUUUCUCAUGAACAGAUUCAAAGGAGGUGUGUCUUUGGUUCUGUGGGACGGCCCCCUCUACAUUGGAGCUCUUUACCUCCCUCCACUCGCUCCUCAGAUCUCAGAACAGAGUUGA